GUCUAAGGGUAGUAUCAGAAGGAAACGUUAAAAGCCAUGUACAAACUGUUCAUUGAAAACUCCCAACCAAACUUUCUUUGAGCAUUAAAUCACAUUUAUCUGACCUUGAUGAACAACUACUAUAUAUACUCCAUAGUAGAUAGAUUCUAUGGAAGUCAAAAUAGUUUCUCCAAAAGAAUUAAAAUCAAAGAAUUACAUAAUCAUUAAUCAUUAUGAGGCUUAUAUGCAUAUUCAUAGCAUUGCUAAUAUUGAUAACACAAAUUAUCAUGGUGGCUUGCAAGACUAGAAAUCAUGUACCAGCAGUAAUUGUCUUUGGUGAUUCUUCUGUUGAUUCUGGAAACAACAAUAAGAUAGCAACACUUCUCAAGAGCAACUUUAAACCAUACGGCCGUGACUUCGAAGGUGGUCGCCCCACAGGACGGUUUUGUAAUGGUCGUGUUCCGCCGGACUUCAUCGCGGAGGCUUUUGGUGUUAAGAAAAAUAUACCAGCGUAUUUGGAUUCUGCUUAUACCAUUGAUGAUUUUGUCACCGGUGUUUGUUUUGCUUCUGCUGGAACUGGAUAUGAUAAUGCAACUUCUGAUGUACUAAAUGUAAUACCACUAUGGAAGGAGAUAGAGUACUUCAAGGAGUAUCAAGAAAAAUUAAGAGCUCAUGUCGGUAAAGAGAAGGCAAAUUAUAUAAUAAGUGAAGCAUUAUAUCUAAUAAGCUUAGGAACCAAUGAUUUCCUAGAAAACUAUUAUAUUUUCCCAACAAGACAAUUUCAUUUCACCGAAUCACAGUAUCAAGAUUUUCUAGUGGAUAUUGCUGAGAAUUUUGUUAGGAAAAUAUAUUCACUCGGUGCUAGGAAAUUGUCCAUAACUGGCCUUAUUCCUAUGGGGUGUCUACCAUUAGAGAGGGCAACAAAUAUUUUAGAUAACCAUGGUUGCAAUGAAAAAUACAACAAUGUGGCUUUGGAAUUUAAUGCAAAAUUGGAGAAUAUGAUAUCAAAGGUAAAUAGGGAGCUCCCACAAGUGAAAGCUUUGUCGGCAAAUGCUUAUGAUAUUAUCAAUGAUAUCAUUACACGUCCUUCCUUCUAUGGAUUUGAGGAGGCAGAGAAGGCAUGUUGUUCCACAGGAACAUUUGAAAUGAGCUACUUAUGCAGUGAUAAAAAUCCACUUACAUGCAAAGAUGCUAACAAAUAUGUGUUUUGGGAUGCCUUUCAUCCCACCGAGAAGACAAACCGGAUAGCUGCAAACUAUUUAAUUCCUAAACUUUUUGCGGCUUAUAGAUGAUCGAUCCAUCCAUUCCCUUUAAAUUAAUUAGGUCGUUUCAUAUAUUAAUUAGGUUGUUUGUUGUCAUCUAUAUAUUAUUAAAAGAAUGGAAUUGGUGAAAGUGUUAGGUCAGACGCGGUAAUUGGAGUUCGAACUCCAACUCUUCUAUUUAUGUGUGUGAAUUUUUUUAUGCUUAUUAUCAUUUCGUAAAGUUGUUGAUAUGGAAAUUAAAGAAUUUCAUGAUUUCUCUCUCUAAAUUUAUCUCACUAUAAUUUAAAGUUUGUUUGAGUAGUGUUAAUUAUGAAACAUCUAGUGUUAAACCACGUUUCAUAUUUGUAUUUUAUUUUAUAAUAUAAGCAUGUGUUUGAGUUUGCUA